AUGGAAAGCGAGCUACAGAGCAUCUACGUCUACUCGAACUGCACGCUGGGGAUUUGCUUCAACGCGCUGCUCAUCUACUUCAUCGCCACCGACAAUUCGGGCUGGCUGAUCGACGACUACGGCUUCUUCAUGUUCAGCAAGAAUCUGGCGGGCUAUGGAAAGUGGAUCUCGUACAUGGGGAUAUUUUCGGAAAUUGAGGUGUACAUGGCGGCCUUUCACAUGACCCUGACGCUGUUGGCCAUCCACUGCAUCUAUCGCUUUGUGAAAAUCUCGGGGAAGUGGAAGUUUCUGUUCGACACGCCGCUCGGCAUCUUUGUGCUGACCGUCUUCAACUUCACGUUUGGGCCACUGUGGUGUAUCCUGUGCCAUUUGACAUUCGGGCCAACGCAGCAACGGAACGAUUUGAGUCGCGAAUUUCUUCACAAUGUCUAUGGAGUGGACCCGGAUACGUUUGGGUAUAUUGGGCCGGUGUAUAUCUGGCCGGACAGCACUGGAACUCCGCGGUAUCUAUGGAAAAACAUCUUUGGCGCGGGCGGAUUGCUUUUAAUUCUUAUUGUACUAUAUUCUGGUGUCUGCUGCUUUGGUUUUCGACUAUACAUCUUUGUGGUGAAAUCUCUGGUUAGCAAGUCGACGAAGCGGAUGCACUUUCAGAUGUUGCGGCUGCUGUUGAUCCAGGCAAUCGUCCCGCUAAUUUUUGAGUAUAUGCCAUGUAUGAUGACGGUGUACGGCGGCUUCCUAGGCCUGCCCCCUGCCCUCUGCGAUCUCUACUCCCUAUUUUCACCCGUCUUCAUCUCGGCCUAUGCGCCGAUGGAGGCCUUUGUGACUAUUAUUGGGUUUCCGGUGUAUCGCCGCCGAAUAUUGCGAGGAAUCCGCCCGAAGGCCGUAACCCCUCAAACGACCCAAAUGACAUCGACAGUUGGAGUCAAACCGAAAUCUACCGCCGAGUCGGACUCACACUCUUACCAUCGU